GCAAGGCCCAAAAACGAAGAACCCUUCUCCCUUGUGUCUUCUCCUCAAACUCCAAAACCCUUUAAUCAUGGAUGAUUUGCUUUGGAAUGGCUCGUGGAGCAACGAAGAAGGCAACCGUUGUAACGAAAGCUUAUUCGUCCUCGAUGACCCGAGUCGUUGUUCGAAUCUUCCAUUACAAGAGCUUCAGAUAGUUUCAAAAAUGUCGAGAUUACCAGAGAUGGCAAAGGAUGAGGGAGCUUCGAUGGAAGAUGACAAAGGAAUUGCACCAAAGGGUGGAGUUUUGGACAUUUUUGAGAACCAAAAGCCAAAACAACAAAACUCGACAACUUCAUCUUCGAACAACGACCAAGUCAAGCCUUUUAAUCGAGAUCGAGCCAUGUCACAAAUGAAAGAAUUGGUAUACUAUGCAGCGGUGUUUCGGCCAGUGAGCUCGGGAUCGGAGACGGUGGAGAAGAAGAGGAGGAGGAACGUCAAGACGUCGAAGGAGCCACAGACUGUGGCAGCGAGGAAACGAAGAGAGAAGAUAAGCGAAAAAAUUAGGGCUUUGCAGAGGUUAGUUCCUGGUGGGAGCAAAAUGGACACUGCCUCCAUGCUUGAUGAGGCAGCAAGCUAUCUGAAGUUCCUUAGGGCACAAAUCAAAGCACUAGAAGGGUUCAGCUACAAACUUGGAUCCAUUGAUUGUCUCUCAACUUCCACCUCUUUCAACCCUCCUUUUCCCACAAUUAAUGCUUAUUUUCCCCUCUAAUAUCAUAAUCUAUCCUCUUUAUCAAUAAAAUAUUAAUCUACGAUCUUC